ACCCGGUGUCAUCAGUGCUGGAUAUAUGGAUGCUAGCUCUGUCUUUAUAUAUCAGACCCAAACCUUGGCUAACACGAUAUAUUAUGUUUUAGAGGCAGAAUAACUCUGUGGACAUCAGUCGCUUCACUGCCUUGUGUUGUAAAAUAGUAUGAAUUCAAUAGUUUUAUAUAUGUCUCAUUUACAUGAAGUGUGAGCUGUGCUGUUUGCUAUCUGUUAGCAGGCUAACGUGUUAGCUGCAAAGCCGAGACAAGAGCCACCUGUCACGCAGCGCGGCUCUCUUCAAGCGGUUCAUGGAUGAUAGGUAGGACCUCAAACCAAAGGAGAACUCUGCUUUUCUUGUUCAGUGGAAGCAAUUAUACCGGGAACCCCCCCGCGCCUAAAUGCCCCCACAAGGCCCCAGGAUGAAUGGGUUUUCUCUCGGUGAACUGUGCUGGCUCUUCUGCUGUCCGCCCUGUCCCAGCCGCAUCGCGGCCAAGCUAGCUUUCCUCCCGCCGGAGCCCACGUACUCGGUGCACACCGAUGCUAACGGGGUAGCUAGCUUACAUUUAACCGAGCGGGCGGACUGGCAGUACUCCCAGCGAGAGCUCGACGCAGUGGAGGUGUUCAGCACCAGGAGCAGUCGGGGUAACCGGGUCGGCUGCAUGUUUGUACGCUGCGCCCCGAACAGUCGCUACACGCUGCUGUUUUCCCACGGUAAUGCCGUGGACCUGGGGCAGAUGUGCAGCUUCUACAUCGGCCUCGGCUCCAGGAUCAACUGCAACGUGUUCUCCUACGAUUACUCAGGCUACGGCGUGAGCACCGGUAAACCCUCUGAGAAGAACCUGUACGCAGACAUCGAAGCGGCCUGGCAGGUCCUGAGGAACAAGUAUGGUAUAGCAGCUGAGAACAUCAUCCUGUACGGUCAGAGCAUUGGUACAGUGCCCACCAUUGACCUGGCUGCUCGCUAUGAAUGUGCCGCUGUCAUCCUACAUUCUCCACUCAUGUCAGGACUACGGGUGGCCUUCCCUGAAACACGCAAGACGUACUGUUUCGAUGCCUUCCCCAGUAUUGACAAAGUGUCCAAGGUGGCAUCCCCAGUGCUGGUGAUCCACGGUACGGAGGAUGAGGUAAUCGACUUCUCUCAUGGUCUGGCCAUGUACGAGCGCUGCCCCCGUGCUGUCGAACCCUUGUGGGUGGAGGGAGCCGGCCACAACGACAUUGAACUGUAUGCCCAGUACCUGGAGAGACUCAAGCAGUUCAUCUCCUUCGAGCUUCCCACGUCCUGAGGGGAGCUCAGCAAUCAGGCUGGGGUUCAUCUCAACACAAUAAAGAAGCCUAAUCUUUAUCAUCGCCGAGCUCCCAUUGUUGGCAAAGGACACAGGACUGGAGCAACUUCAUCACACUGUGCUCCUCUGUCCCUGCAGCUGUUUCAUGCUGGUAACAUGUUGUACACUGGAAGAGGAGACCCUUUUAGAUUGUUGAGGUGCAGCUGAGCUUAAGACCAGUCCCAGCAAGUAAUACAGCUUUGGCUUUAAAUGUAAUGCUCGUUCAUGUGGACCCAGUCUACCAAUGAGCCCGGGCCUAGACACUAUUUGCACUCACUGCUGAAUCUGGAUUCAUUUUCCACUCCAGCUCCCCCCCGGUCUUUAGUGUCUCUCAAUGUGAGCGUCACUUUGUCACAUUUCCUUUUUCUCUCUCACUGCUUUUCCCACGAUCCCUUGCUUUCCUUUUGACUAUUUCUUUGCAAUGUUCAAGCUUGAUUUUGUUUUUUUUAUUCUUUUAUACCAGGUGAAGAAGUAUCAAUUUUGCACCAAGAACUACAAAUAGAAGUUUUGUACUUUUUAUGUAUUUUUAAUUUGCCAUUCAGGGUUGAUUAAACAGUUGCACUGUUAAGGUGCUGACAUUUUCAGGUAAUUAUUUUUUUCUUCUGUCUUUUGAAGAUGUUUAUAUAAAUUUGUUAUUGGCAUUCCAUGUUUUUCUUAACUUCUAUUAUUUUUUUUUUCCAGACAUGUGUGUAUAGAACAUGUUAACCAGAGUUCAUCCCUGCGCAUCUGGCCUUUUAUAGCUGUGAUCUUUGUGGUCCCUGGUGCAUGCAACACCUGGCAUACAGGAGAAAGAUUGCACCAAACUUCAUUGAGAAACAUUUUACAACAUGCCUUGCACUGGAACACACACACACACGUGGCCAAUUCUGGUAGAGAUUUUAUUUAACCAUGUUGUAGGAAUUUAAACACAACAUCAAAUCUUUGGGCCAUUUGACAUUGAGAUAUUGGCAUCAAAUGAAAGUGUGUGAAACUGUAAGUAAGCAACGCAGCAAUGACCAUCCUAGAUGUUUGGUAUUGUAGAAGUUUACCUCAAUAGAAGAGAGAGCAGCAUGUAUCAGGGCUGCAUGUCUGUUAACUGCACAUCCUGUGCUAAUGAGACUUGACAACUGUUUGCAACAGGAACACACUUGACUCUAUACUGUAAACUGAAUCUAGGCAGCAUAGUGCUGGGUUUACCUCCGGACUAAAGACACAGAACUAUGAACCCUGCUCUGUGAACGUAUCCAAGGUGCACAUGCUGCUGGAUUUGGAUGUGUAUUUCUAAUUUAUUACAAGUAAAGCCUUACGUUUCGUACACAUUUCACCUAGACACACUCGUGGGACUGAUAACUGCUGCUAUUUAUCAGAGGAAUCAAUCAGUCGCUCAUAUGACAGCGGGACACUGUGUGUGGGGGGUACUGUCAUGACAGCAUGGUACUAAAACCAAAUUCAGCCUGACCAUCACCGUCCCCUUCGGUCACCCAUGUGUUCCCGCCUGUAAUGGGAUCUCCGAAUGCCCCUCUUUUACAAACAUUGUGGUCUUCUGAGCCUUGUGACAGGCAGGAGUUGAAGCUGGGAUAAGAACAAAAAUGUUGAUCACAUUUGACAGUUGUAGAUAUUACAACUUGUCUUUGAAUAAUUUGUUCUUUUACCAAAACAAAUGGGGGGGAAAUAGAAGUAUAACACUAAUGGAUGAAGUUUAAAUCGCACCAAAAAAAUACUUGAAACACUACCAGAUUGACGAAUAAGCUGAAAUGUCUUCAGAGGUAAGUUUGUGUUUGAAGGAUAUUUGCAUAGCAACCUGUGAUGAUCGUUGACUGAUCUGUGUAUUGCUGUGAAGUGGUUUGUCAGUCGGAUAGUAACGUUUUCUGAAUCUAACUAAUGUUGGGCCGGUGUUCUGGAUAAUGAGCCUUUCUUCGUCUCUAUCUCUUCUAGCUCCCCUUUUAAAGGAAAUAAACACCCUGAUCAUUCUUUUGAUACUGACAUUUUUACAAAGGCGUUCCAAACUUAAUGUUGAUAGAUUUACACUGUGUCUGAAGCCAGUUCGUAUCAUAAUGCUCUGUAUUGGUAUAAUUCAAUAUCUUCUCUAUACAUAUUAGCCCUUACACAGGGCAGUCUAGUCUUAUUGAUUUUUAACACUGGAUUCACAAUAUGCAAAUAAGACAUGAUGCUGGUAGAGUCAGAUUUGUAAUGGGGUGUAACAUUUAAAAAAAGAUGAAAUAAGCCUUAAAUAUACCAUGAAACUGAUUGUUAUACAUGUGAUGGUUGUUGCUGGAAGGCAGCACAAUGGAUGUUUUAAUGCUAAUAAAGGAUGCAUGAAAGUG